AUGAUUCACAAUGACCUCGAUCUACCGAUAAUACAAAAAUUUCAUUAUUUAAAAGGCUCAGUAACUGGGGAUGCCGCGAAUAUAAUCGCGUCUUUAGAAACUACCAGCGAGAACUACACAGUAGCUUGGGAACUGUUAAAGGGCCGCUAUCAUAAUAAAAAGAUAAUUAUCGACACCCACGUUAAAGCAAUAUACGAUUUAAAAUCCAUUUCAAAAGAAUUUUCUAUCCGUCAAUUACAUGACACGGUACAGAAACAUCUUCGAGCACUCCGCGCUCUUUCCAUCGAUGUCGAUCAAUGGAAUUUCAUAUUAAUUCAUCUAAUUAAAAGCAAACUAAAUAACUACACAAUAGAGAAAUGGGAAGAAUUUGUUUGCGAGACCGACCUCCCUACUCUUAAAAACAUGCUGGAUUUUCUGCAGCGUCGCUCUCAGUUAGAAGAGACAAGGGCCGCUACCUAUCAAACAAAUUAUCAAAAAACAAAUCCAGAAAAAUAUAAUGCAAAUCAAAAAUCACGGUCAAUCUUUACAGGCGCCACUACAUCCUACAAUCAAAAUAUCCAGAAUAAUCAACCUAGCGAAAUUUAUAAAAAAUUCACAUGUUGCAUUUGCAAGGAUGAACAUGGUAUUUUUGCGUGUCAAAAAUUUUUAGCAAUGUCUACGAAAGAUAGAUAUGAAUCUGUCAAAAAGGCCUUACUUUGUACAAAUUGUUUGCGCGGUAAACAUCAUCCUAAAGAUUGCCUAUCAAGCGGUUGCCGUAAGUGUGGUAAAAGACACAAUUCACUUUUACAUUUUGAAAAAAAAUUCCCCGAUUCGAAUUCUCAAAACAGCCAAUCAGGUUCCUCCAAUCAAUCCAAAAAUGAUGAUAAAAGUAAUCAAUCGAGUAAAGCACUACAUAAUUCUAUUGCUAGCUAUCAAUUAUUCAUCCCAUCUGAAGUUGUCUUAGCUACUGCCAUCGUCGACGUUAUCGACGAUCGAGGCAACAUGCACGCAUGUCGAGUCAUGUUAGAUUCGGGUUCCCAGCCCCACGUGAUCACAGAAAAGUUUGCAAAUAAAAUCGGUCUAAAAAAAAUGGUUGUUGAUAUUCCACUAGGUGCAGUUAAUGAGCUUGCAACUACAAUAAAAUACACUACGAGUGCCACAAUCAAGUCUCGAUAUAAUGAGCGAAAACAUCAUUUAUCCCUGUUCGUAGUCAAAAGUAUCGGCUCAACAAUGCCAUCAGAAUUAAUUGAUCGGAAAUCUAUCCCUAUCCCAAAAGGUGUAUUCCUCGCUGAUCCAGAAUUUCACCAACCUUCCGAGGUGAACAUUAUUCUCGGGGCUCAAUAUUUUUACCAAUUUCUACGUCCGGGUCAAAUCCCAAUCGCGAAUCAUGAAGCCGUGCUUCAAGAAAAUGAACUCGGUUGGGUGGUUGCAGGGUGCUUCCACCAGACUCGUGCUAGACAAGGAAUGGUUUAUUGCAAUUUUACAAAAUUUUCGGAUCUGCCUUUGUUAUGGGAAGUAGAAUCAGCUCGCGAAGCUUCUCCUUGGUCAUCGGAAGAAGAAGCUUGUGAGCUGCAUUAUAGCAAAAAUACAACUCGCGACUCUUCAGGUCGAUACACAGUUCAAUUACCUUUUAAUGAACAUAAGGAAAAGAUUGGCGAAUCUCGUAGAACCGCGUUUAAUCGAUUCCUUUCAUUAGAAUCAAAACUUGCAAAAAAUCCAGAUCUCAAGACACAAUAUUCCGACUGCAUUCAAGGUCAAAGCACUAAUAAUAUUACUACUAUUACUACUACUACCACUACUACUACUAUUACCACUAGUGCUACUACUACUACUAGCACUAUUACUGCUACUAAUGCUACUACUACUAAUACUAAUACUACAACUACCAACUUACAGAUCAUUGAAUAA